AGCACCGGACCACACAAUCUUCCCCCAAAUCUCGCCUCCAUCGCCUCUCUCCACGGAAAUCUCAGCACACCAAUCAUGGGACUUAUCUCUCUUUACUUUCAAUAUUUUCUCACUUUCUAAUCCUAUCCUUCUAAUUUUAUUUAGAUGUCAAUCAUUGUGAAUAGGAUUAUGAGCCUGCUUAGUUGCAUUGGACUCCAAUUGGGUGAAUUGGCUAAGAAAUUUCGACAUGGUGCAUUCAUAUAAUUCGACUGCAACCUCUAUAAAGCUGGAAAACAUGAAUGAACAUACGCCUCUGUGGAUUGCACAGAUCUCUAUCUGCUUCUUUUUGGAUGAACGGAGGGAGAAAGACCUAGGCAUACUCAGUGAUCCCAUGAAUUUUGUGCUCCUAGGUACAUCAUUUGGGGCUCGUACAGUGUAGUUGUGAAUCUCACUAAGAUGCCAACGAGACCUUCCAAGAAAUCAGUUGCAUACCUGCUUGUUCGUGCUCCACUUCUUUGAAUCAGAUGGAUUGCAUGCAGAAUUUCAGACACUAUGCUCUCGUUGACCAGUGCUAAAUUAAGAGUCAGAUUCUGAUGAGGAAGUUUAGCAAGUAACUUGGCUGAAACAGCAUGCUUUUCUGUUAUUUGAUUUGCUUCUACUGGGCACUGGAUAAGAUUCUCUGGCUGACCUCUAGUUUUACAUAGUCUCUCUGAUAGCGUGUGACCGAUGUAGGGGGUAAGGGCUAUUAGAAGUUUUAAUGCUCCAACCCCUAAUUCGUCAUGAGGAUUGUUGAUGAGUUCUAUCAUGGCAAAGCUUGCGUCGGUUUCUUUGAUCA